AUGCGUGCUGAACAAACUUUCCUCGCUUUCAACUCGCUCUUCGGAGCAGCCACACAGCCCUUUGGAUGUGGUGAAGUCAACGUCUUCUACACUGGAUUGCCUGGAAGACAUCAGUAUGUCACGCAGCAGGGUUAUGAUGCGAAACUUGUUGAGGAACAGAUUUUUAAUCACACGAGGGAGCUACGUGAGGCUGGGUAUAACGUUCGAGCUGUCUGGCGAGGUCCAGAAAUGCCGCCCAACGAAUUCGUCGACCAAAUGAAGGGCACUCAUUGGCAUGCUGCUGGUAUUGGCUUUGGCGUGAGAGGAUCCCAGAUACAUGAUGUUAUCGAACUAUUCGAAGAGACUCUCGAUAUCUUCCGCCAAGAAGCGCCUGAUGCGAAAUACGUCUUUAACUACAAUCCUUUGACAUUUCUUUGGUCUGUCAAGCGGUACUUCCCGCUGUCGAGUGAUUGUAAAGACCAGCCUGGAAAGGAUUUGGGCUACAUCACGCUGUGCGAGGAUGCAUGUAAAUGA